AUGCCAAUCGUGAAAGGAUGCAUCGGUGACAGAAUCAUCAACGUUCUCAGGGACACUGGUUGCAGUCGUGCUGUGAUUAGAAGAGAUCUAGUUAAUCCGGAUCAAAUGACAGGACAAAAUCAAAAGUGUAUUCUAGCAGAUGGAAGAGUUGUCGAAGCAGAUCUAGCUGAAGUUGAAAUAAAUACUCCUCACUACACCGGUACAGUGACUGCUUGGUGUUUUGACAAUCCGUCAUAUGACUUGAUCCUCGGAAAUUUCAAUGGUGUAAGAAACCCAGAUGAUACUCAUACGUCAUGGAUUCGAUCGACUGGAACAUCAGCAGCAGUACAGACUCGUGCACAAGCAAAGAAAAGAAGUCCGACCUAUAAACCAUUAAGAGUUUCUGAUGCAGUCUCGGAAGUUACACCAAAAGAGAUCGCGCAUGAACAACAAACAGAUCAAACAUUAGAAAAGUUAAGAUCUUUAGCCAAAGACAAUUCAGAAAAAUCAUAUAAAGAUGGAGGAAAAACCAAGAUUUAUGAACGGAACAAUAUUAUGUACAGAGAUUUCACAAAUUCAAAAUGUUCAAACGGCAAGGUUUUUCAACAACUUAUUGUGCCAAAGCAAUACAGAAACGCAGUGAUGAAGUUGGCGCAUGAAACAAUAAUGGCAGGUCACCUUGGAGUCAAGAAAACUACUGAUAGAUUAACAUCAGAAUUCUACUGGCCUGGUGUUCAUGCAGAUAUCAGAAGAUACUGUCAGUCCUGCGAUAUUUGCCAAAGAACAAUCCCGAAAGGAAGAACCAAACCAGUACCACUUGGAAGGAUGCCAAUAAUUACCACACCGUUUAAGCGUGUAGCAGUUGACCUCGUUGGACCACUUGAUCCUCGAACCACCAAAGGAAACAAAUACAUACUUACCUUGGUUGACUACUCAACUCGAUAUCCAGAGGCUGUACCAUUACCAGGAAUAGAAACAGAACGUGUGGCAGAAGCUUUGGUCGAUAUAUUCAGCCGCGUAGGGAUACCAAGAGAGCUGUUAUCUGAUCAAGGAUCACAGGUUACUUCAGACCUUAUGAAAGAAGUCAGUCGAUUAUUAUCUUUAAAGAGGAUCACAACUUCUCCUUACCACCCAUUCUGUAAUGGAUUAGUAGAGAAAUUUAAUGGUACUCUGAAACAAAUGUUGAAAAGAAUGUGUGCAGAAAAACCAAAGGAUUGGGACAAAUACAUCAAUGCGUUGCUUUUUGCUUAUCGAGAAGUACCUCAAGAGAGUUUAGGUUUUGCACCAUUUGAACUUUUGUAUGGCCACACAGUACGAGGUCCUAUGCAGAUACUCAAAGAACUGUGGACGUAA